AUGUCUUUUUGGGAGACCAGAGCUGCCGAGAAACGAGCCAGCGUACUUGGCAAUAUCCCGCCAGCCUGGAGACUAACUGCAGAGGAUCUUCAAAAGGCUAGGACAGAGCGUGAUCUGACAGGACAAUUCAUCCGGCAAUUCCUCACAGACCGAGACAACAUUAUCACCGCCAAAACCAGUGUUGAACUCACCGAAUCUCUGAGACGUGGAAACUUUACAGCUGUUGAGGUCGCCACUGCUUUCUGCAAGAGGGCCGCUGCUGCACACCAAAUUGGUAAUUGCCUUCACGAGAUAUUUUUCGACAAGGCACUUGAACGGGCCAACUAUCUCGACGCCUAUUUUGCUGAGCACCAAACGGUGGUAGGGCCUUUGCAUGGUCUCCCAAUCAGCUUAAAAGAUCAAUUGCAUGUCAAAGGCGUCGAUACCACAAUGGGAUAUGUAGGAUGGAUUGGCAGCAAUCUAGGUGUCACGCACCCGAGCCAGGUACACAAGCUUGAAAGCCAAAUCGUCACGGAGCUUCUUUCUCUCGGCGCUGUUCUGUAUUGCAAAACAAGCUUGCCCCAGACGCUGCUCUUUGGAGAAACCAAGAACAACAUCAUCGGACAGACGCUUAAUCCACAUAACCAAAACCUAUCGUGUGGCGGGUCGUCUGGCGGCGAAGGGGCACUGCAAGCUCUUGGAGGCAGCACCCUUGGCGUUGGCAGUGAUAUAGGUGGCUCGGUCCGUAUUCCAGCUGCCUUUAAUGGAAUAUUCUCACUCAAACCAACCCCAGAGAGGGUCUCGUACCGUGACGUUGCGAACACAAAUCCGGGACAGAACACAUACAGAUCAACUGUUGGUUUUCUCAGCACUUCACUGGAUGGUCUGGAUCUUAUCUUUCGAGGAAUCUUGUCCACUGAGCCCUGGCUGAGAGAUCCUGCCGUUGUGCCAAUGCCUUUCCGUCAGAGUGUUGUCGAGGAGUACAUGUCUCGUGUAGACCAAACCGUAGCAUUGAAGGAAUCCAAGCGGCCUCUGAAACUUGGGAUAUUCUGGACGGACGGCGUUGUGCAACCUCACCCUCCAAUAACCCGCGGGUUAAAGAAAGUAGUAACUGCUGUCAAACAGGCAGGUCACUCGGUCGUCGAGUGGAAACCACCUCUACAGAAGACAGCUAAGAGAGUGCACGUGUCGUUUCUAAAAGCCGAUGGCGCACAUGACAUUCACAGUCACCUCAACUUGUCUGGAGAACCACUUAUCCCAGACCUCAGGGAGACAUUCAAACUGAAACAACCAAUGGGUCUACUGGAGUAUCAAGAAAAUACCUUAGAAGGGCUUUCCUACGAGGCUGCGUACUCGGAUUAUUGGAACCAGUCCGCCAAUGACGACGGGCAAAUUGUAGACGCUGUCGUUAUGCCAGUCGCUCCCCACGCAGCAGUAAUACCUGGAAAGUUCUACCAUACCGCAUACACAGAGGCGAUCAAUUUGAUGAACUACAGCGCCGUGGUGAUACCAGUGACGAAGGCAAACAAGGAUAUUGACGUCAUUGAUCGCAGCUAUUGCCCCAAGAACGAGACGGACCGACUCAACUGGGAAGCAUACAAUCCGGACAUUUAUGAUGGUGCUCCAGUUGGCGUCCAGCUGGUUGCUCGUAAGUUUGAAGAGGAGAAAAUCUUGGGAAUAGCAAAGAUUGUAGUUGCUGCAGUUGAGGAGGCCAAGGCGAGCAAAGAGCAGUAA